GAGCCCGCGGGGCGGGGGGGGGGGACGAGGGCUCCGCUCCGCACCUCGGCGCGGCGGGGCGCGAUGGGGCGGGCGGGCCGCCGGCUGCCCGCGUUAGCGGCGGUCUUCUACGGGGCGCUGGCGGCGCUGGUGCUGCUAGGGGUGCGGGACGUGCUCUUCCUCUACGAGGAGAACCGGUGCAGCAUGACCUACAUGUACGAGUACCCCGAGUAUCUGAAAAUAAAAUUACCUAAGAAAACAGCCAGACGAUACCCAGCAUACGAGCUCUAUCUCUAUGGGGAAGGGAACUAUGCUGAAGAAAACAAAAAUCUCCUAUUGACAGGAAUUCCAGUUCUCUUUCUUCCUGGGAAUGCUGGCAGCUACAAACAAGUACGUUCUCUUGGCUCCAUUGCACUUAGAAAAGCAGAAGAUGUUGACUUCAAGUAUCAUUUUAAUUUCUUCAGUGUCAACUUUAAUGAGGAGUUGGUUGCAUUGUAUGGUGGUAGUCUGCAACGACAGACCAAGUUUGUGCAUGAAUGCAUAAAAGUAAUUCUUAAGUUGUACAGGGAUCGAGAAUUUGCACCAACCAGUGUUGCAAUAGUAGGUCAUUCCAUGGGUGGUCUUGUUGCAAGAGCAUUGCUUACUCUGAAGAAUUUUAAGCCUGGACUUAUAAAUCUCCUCAUUACACAAGCCACGCCUCAUGUUGCACCUGUAAUGCCUUUAGACAAAUAUCUUACUGAUUUUUAUACAGCUGUAAACAAUCAUUGGAUUCUAAAAGCCCAAGAUUUAAGAAAUUUAACUACCCUUUCUGUGGCGGGAGGAUUCAGAGAUUACCAAGUUCGUUCAGGACUGGCUUUUCUACCAAGAUUGAGUCAACAUGACAGUGCCUUAUCUGUUGUGAGCUCAGCUGUGCCUAGAGCUUGGGCCUCAACAGACCAUCUCUCCAUAGUGUGGUGCAAAGAAUUGAUCCUGGCUACCAUUAGAGCUUUUUUUGAUCUCAUAGAUGAAAAUACAAGGCAGAUAACUGAGGAUCCAAAGAAGAGAAUGUCUGUACUGCAUCACCACUUUGUGAGACACCCUGCAAAGACAUUUGAGGAAAACCCUGAAGAUUUUACGGAACUCACAGGAGCCUUCAUGUGGAUUCCAGUCAAAGCCUCAAAAUGGACUUAUUCAGUUUACAAUGAUUCUGAUGGAAAAUAUUUCACAUUUCCUCUUGCGAGCCACAGAAAAUCAUACAGUCAUGUUUACUGUGAAAACAGUAUGUUGGACACAAGUAGCUGGAUUUAUGGCUGUAUGAACAGUAAUUCAUCAACGUGCCUGGAAGCUACUGAUUUAUCCUGGAGAGCUGAGUUACUUCCAACCACCAAGGUUGUAAUACUGAAACUUCAGGACUAUACUUCUUUGUCCCACAUUGUCAUUCAGGUACCACCCACAGUUGGCAACAAGUAUACUUUGGACUGUGAAUUCUUCAAACAGGAUUCCAGAACAGUACAGCUUCCUGUAACACAUCUUUUUUCAUUUGGGCUUUCUUCAAGCAAAAUUCUAUUAAAUUCAACAGGCUUACUUUACAAUGUACAGCUCCAGCACUUUAACCGAAUAUAUCAAGCUUUCAAAAUUUAUAUAGAGAGCCACUGCCAGUCACUCAAAGAAAGAAAACCUAGUGUUUACAGACUUCAUGUACCCUGGUCACAUGAAGACUCAAUAAUUGUAGCAAAAGUUCCGUCUUUUACGGAGAUUUCUGCAAAACUGCAUAUUGCUCAGCCUCAAAAUGACGGCAGGGUUCCAGAGUUAAAUAUUUACUCUUCCUCAGACUGUCAGUAUGAAGUAAUUCUGAAGACGUCAGUUUUACAGGUUCUUGGGCAAAUAAUAAGGUUCCAUGCUGGCGCUCUUCCUGUCUAUGUUGUUUCUAAUAUUUUUCUUACUUAUGGAGGACAAUUGAGCACACUGAUGUCAACAGGCCAAUGUUCAGACUUUCCCCUUGAACUAGUUAGGACAGCUAAACCCUACAAAGUAGAACCUCUUAUAAGCAUUGUUGUGUUUCUGCAGGGGUUUAACUGGUUUAGAGAGAUAUGGGAAUCACUGUCACUACCAGAGGUGGAUGCUGCUGUACUGAGUAGUCAGGAUGCAUGGUUCCCCCUUGUGUCCCUGAUUCUAUUUCUUUUUGGGACAGGCAUUGCCUACUGGAGUGGAGUAUUUUUCUCUACAUCUCUGAGACUCUUCUCUUCAUUAUGGUUAACUCUGAUUAGACCUACUGUACUUCAGAAAGAUAACAAGUUGAUUACACCCAGAAGACUCUGUGGGGUGUUAUCCCUUGCUUUGGUUAGCUGGACCACUUGCGGUGCAUUUGCUGUAUUCAUUAUUUACCUUCAAUACUUGUUUAAGGUUAUAAAACUACAUGUGAAUGUAAGAGCAGAACAAAACAUGCUUAAUGGGGAUUCAGACUGCUCAAAAGAAACUUCACAGAACUCCAGUAUAUACACAGUCAAAAACCAGAGUUCAACGGACAGUACCAUAAAAGCAACACAAUCUCUUUCCAACAGUACAACAAUUGCUGAAGCUGUUAACAGUCUUAAGAUGCAUGUUACAAUUCUCAAUUUAUUCACAUGGAUUGUGCUGCUCAACUUGCCAUCUCUAAUUUAUUGGUUAAAAAAUCUCAGGUACAGUGUUAGACUUGAUCCUGAUCCAUGUAGAUCUACAGCUAUUAUCCUCGUAUGCAUUUUAGAAAUUCUCAUGAAUUCAAGUACUUCUGAAGUGAAAUCAAGUAAACUCUUGAAGAUCGCAGCCAAAGUUCCGCUCCCUUUGUCUGUUGCAAUGUUGGCCUUUGGACGAAUGCAUUUAUACAAAGUACCGCACUUUGUAACCCUUUCUCUUCUUCUACAUGUGCUGUGUUGUAUUGUGUAAUGUUCAUUAUACAUAGAGAGAACAGUGCAGCCUAGAAACUUAACACUGGAAAUGGGGCAAAUUUCAACAAAGAAAUGCCUCUAUUAAUAUCAUCAGUAGUUUACAUUAUGUGCGAAAGGGGACAGAACUGUGAAUACUUCAUGAAAAGUUCAUGGUUCUGUUCAUGUUGCUUAGAAAGCUUUUUAUGCUGUUUAUUUCCUGACUCUGAAAAUUAAGUGAAUUAACUAUGUGUGUGUGUAAGCACAUAAAUCAUAUUAGUGUAACAUCUCAAUACUCUGUUUGCCUUGGAGACACUUUGAUAUUUCACUAUACUUCUUUGUUGAAACAGACUUUUUUUUUUUUCUCACUAUGCCAUACAGUGCGUAUGUUCUGAACUUGCAUCUCUUGCAGAUCUAAAAUAUGCUGGUUAAAACUCAAUACAUUUCAAGCACACUGUGACUAUCACAAAAAUACACAGCCAAGUAUACUUUCAAUCAUUUUAUGCUACAUUUAAAAGCUGCCACAGUUGUGUCUAGACAAACUAGAAUGUACUGCUUAUAUAGAACUGUUAUUUCUAUCAAAUCAUUUGUUCAAUCAGUGUGAGUUGAACAUUUGUGAGAUUAUUGAAAGUCUUACACAUUUUACUUUUUCUGAGAGUGAGAAAACAACAAUAUUCUGUGUAGCUUUCUAUUCAGGAAGGAUACCAGCAGAUUCAUAAACAAUUUGCUGUAAUGUUGUUUUAAAACAUUGCCAGUUUUCUCUGGAAUUUAGUCAAUUCUGAAAUUACUCCUUCGACCUUGUCCGUAUGUAGAAGCUAGCAAACAUUGAGGUAUGGUGUGAGUUCACAGUGCAGUUGCUGUACUGCACUGUUUCCAAGUAGACAAGGCAGGGUUUUUUUCCUAUUGUAAAUGGAGAAUCAACUGUCUCAUAAUAAAUGUCCAUAAGUGAAAUUAAUGUGGAAUAGUUACAACACUGUAAAUUCAUGCCCUGCCAUACAGUGCUGACUUCCUCGCGUGGACAAACUCUUCGUAAUAAUGGGACAUACUGACCAUAAUUAUUAGCUCUGUAUACAGUAUUAUCUUAGUGCCUAGAUGCUACAGUGACUGCCAUUUAUAAUAAAGCCUAAAUUAGCUAUGCGUAAGGAAUUCUGUCCCCUGGGUAUGUGUUUUGCCAACAGAAGAAAUCUCAGUAGCCAUUAGGUUAAAAUGAUGUAUUGAUUCUGUGUAGAGAUGAGCCUACUAGCUGUCUCCACUCUGAGAUACCCGUUAUCUUCAUGUGGAAAUACUAGACCAGCUCAAUCGUCUUGCAUGACUAAUAAGAGGAAAUCUGCUACCCACAGGCAAUCAAGUAUAUUCUUGAUAUAGUAGUACAGCCAGCCUGACCCAUUAAUUUUAUUGUAGCUCAUUAAUCUUGCCUGAAGUGCCUCAGUUAGUUCUAGCGUGUUGUUAGGGUCAAUUCAUUUGCGCUGGCUGGAAAGUCUUAAUUCACACAGUGACUUUCCAAAAUGAAGGGCAAAUGUGAAGUAGGCACCUGUUUUGUCCGCUUAGACACAAGUCAGCAGUUCAAGCUAUCAUUAAGUCAUUAAAACUGCUUUAACUGAGUAAGAUUAUUGUAGUUAACCAAACCACUGUCACUGUUAUCAGUAAUCUAUGUGCUGGUACUCUAGUCUUAACCUUUUUUAAAAAAGGUUGGAUUAUACAUAGUGUUUGUAAAUCAGAAAAGUUAUUUGAAUAGAUUAUAUCUUGAUACUUUUUAACCAAAUGUAUGCUACAGUGUGUGUAUAUAUAUAUAUAUAUAAAAAAGAUAAUUUGUGUGUCUAAAUAUACUUGUAGCUAAAUCCACCAGUUGGUUUAACCUAAAAAUUGCUGUUCAGACAUAGAAUAUAGUAGUUUUUCUGCUUUCAAAUGGCUGUGAAUGAAAGAUGGUGGCAGAACUGCACUGGGGCUGGUAAAAGGCUGUCUGUGAAAUGGGCAGGAUCUGAUUUCUGUGGAAGAUAAUUUUCCUUGGCCUUCAUGGUUCUUUUGGCUUGCUACUGUAUUUUAUUCCUGAUUUUGUUUUGCCAUCUUAAUGGGCUCUUUAAGCAUGAAUCCAUUUGUUGGAGCUGUUGGUGGAAUAAAAUAAUAAUCAGAAUAAGGGCAGCAAACAGUUUCUGCAUAUGUAGUAGCUUUGAUAGCUUCCAAAAUCUGCCACAAUGUGAGACUUCUGAAUUAUAGCAGCAUAGAAUAACACCAAUUUUUUCAUUUAAUUAUAUCUUUAAAGCUGAGAAUUGCAUUGAUAGUUAUCACUCUUCAUGAAAUGGGUUACAAAAUCUUGCAUAGAUUCUUACCUGAUUUUCAAGUUGGAGGUAGGAAUAGAUAUAAUCCUGAGUCUGAGAUGUCAGAUGACAGAAUUUAUCACGUCUCACUCAAUGCUCCCUUUUUUUCAGAGAUGAUUUACCUUCACGGGGGAAGGAGGGGAAGUCUUACUGCUACUUUGGAUUUAUAUGCAUUCUGUGUCAUUUGCUAGAUGAAAACUGUUAUCAGAGAUGUGCGUCUGGAUUUUGCAGUGAUUGUGGACUGUGUAACUUCAGCUGUUUGAGUGAUUAGGUGUCUAAUCCCAGCUAGAUUUUUCUAUAUAAUCAGUAGAGGGGGGUGGGAUUAGAACAAGUCCAGAGAACAAUUCAUCCGGUUCUAAGAGACAAUGAAUGAUCCUACUUGCCAUUCUGAAAAAGACAAGAUUUUAUAACAGUCUAAAAUUGUUUUUCAGGUAAAAUACAAUGAUUGUUUGUUGUUACUUUCAGAGAAGAGGCUUCUGUUACGCAAAUUUCUAGUUCUGCCACUGUUCACAAUUAUAAUCUCAGUAGAAAUGUAGCCUAACCCAUUACAAAGACUUUUAAUUGUGUGGAUGAGGAAGGGUAAAUAUUACUGAAAUAUCCUUUAUUAUGAGUAGGCUGCAUUUAUAAAACAGCUGUUGGCAUAUAUAUUGUAAUGUGUCUUAGUACCUGUAAAUUAAAAUUCCAGUUUAUUCUUCAAAUUUCAAAUUAUCUAGACUGUGUGGGAGGAGACCGAGACACAAAUUAGCUUGUAAUCAAUUAGGUCUUUGCUCUGUAAGGGAAGAUUUCUAUUAACAUGCAGACCCAAAUUCUGUUGUUCUCUCCUUUUUCAGAAGUUGAGGUAUUAAUUUUGUAAAACCACUGUUCUUCAUCCAUGUGGAUGUUCACCACAUGUAGAUGGAGUUUAUGCCACAUAAUCAAGCAUUUAGGUUGAGAUUAAGCCACCAUUUUUUGGCUUGUACCUCAGGAUGCAUUCAAAAUAAGAACUAUUUGUGUGGCUAUUUCCUAAUAUUUUUUUAUAAGCUACCAGAAACAGAACAAAAAAACCAGGGUAAGAACCUGGACCACCAAAUGUCACUAAUUUUAGGUACAGCAUACAUGUACAGCUGAAUCUUUGGUAGGGGCAAAGCUUUUAGUGACAUCUCCGUACCCUGAAAUGCUCUUGAAGUCUAUAAUCUUUUCUGGUUGAUAUGAUCAAACAUGUGUUCCUCAUAGUCUUAUCAUGCUGUAAUCAUAGUAGCUACACCUGUAGCUAACAGUUCAUAAGAGGUCUAUAUUUGUCUGGUAAGGAAAAGCUUGUUAUCUCUUAACUGGAAUUACCAAACGUACAUUGAAACUGAACGAAUGAAUGUUGUCCAAAGGUGGUAUUUUCAGUUUUGAUUUAGAAGUUGGUUGUAGGUAUGUCAUGUUUCAGCAUCCUGUUAAAAGGGAAAUUGGGUUUUUUUGGUUUUGGUUGGGGGUGUUUUUUGUUGGGUUUGUUUUAUUUCAAAAAAAAUUGCAGUAAAUGGAAUUUAAGUUAAUUUUAUUUCUAAUAUUCCGCUGUGAUUUUGGUUUUGAGUAAGCUGAUAAAUGUAGCAAUUCAUUCAAAAAUAUUAAUUUGCUAAGUUUUAAAACAAACAAAUGAAUAACACAACAAAAUCCUAAACAGUGUAGUAGUACUAUGCUGCAGAAGACAUAGAGACUGCCUGUAUGUCUAAGUGAACUCUUCAACUAUAACCUAAUUGGGCUACCUUUUAAACUCAGUGUUUAAAAAAAUAAAAUAAAAUGUAUUGAUACUUAAAAAAACCAAAAAGCAUUGUUGCAUAUGUCAGUAUUUGAUACAAAGUCUAAUUUUCCAUGUGUUUGCCAGUAACAAGGUUAUGAACUUGUUACUUGACUUUUUUCUGAAAUCUUAUACAUCUGCUUCUAAGCUUUGUCAGGACAGAAUAAAGUCAAUUAUGUGCCUGUGAAUAAAUGUAAACAUUUGAGAAGCUUUCAUUUGAUCAAGUUUAUUUCAAUACAGUCAUGACUGUGUUUAGACUUUUGUGUUAAUCAUACUGAGAAAAAAAACAGCCAUUUACAGACCUUCAAUACUCUUGAGUUACUGAAAAUGUUUUUUGGAAGCAGUUAUAGUGUCUGUACAAUAAUUGUGCUGCUGUUUUAAGUCACUAAGCUACUAGAAAAUUGUUAGCUGUAAAACAGACUAAAUUCUUAAUGCUUAUUUUCCAUUUUGUGAUGAAUGUUAGUCACUUAAUUUACAGCUUUGGCUCUCUAUAUCUCUUUUUUUCUGGGAGAUAAUCAAGCUAGCUUUCACAAGCACUUAGCACUGUACUGUAAAAGGUUUUAAAACUUUCAUCGCCAUUCCUUUAGGGGAGACAUACUUUUGUCACCAAAGCUACAUGCUGCUCUUGCAUACCUCUGGAAAAGUGUGCCAAUGAAUGAAAAUUGAAAACAGAUUCUUUUUUAUGUUAAAGUAAAAUAGUUUCUCUACUUUUUUUUUUUGAGCCAGAAAUCUGCCCAGCACCUCAAUUUUUCAGGUAUCUAAGCAGGUAACUGCCUCAAAUAUGUGCUUAUUGCCUUGUAGCAUGAAAACCUAAGUCAAAGCUGUGAUGUUUUCACUUUAAUUUUGCUUAAGAUUUAAGGUCUCAUUCUGCAUUCUUAAAUGCAGAUAGAUUUUGCUACUUAUGCUGUCAUAAACAAAUCUUGUAAGCAUGGCCUCUCUACAGUUAUUGGCAGGUUGCAUUCUAGAUUCUGUAGGAAUCUGUGUGGUAUCAGAGCUAAUUUUAGGUCUAUAAAAGUCAGGAAUGGCCCACACAAACUUGUUAUUUUGCGGCACAUCAUUCCAGUUCCUCCUUCCAUACGUGGUUAUCCUUGGUUUGCAGUAUCCUUCUACUGUAGUACAAAACAUAAUGUUCACAGUAAUUGUAGGUACCAUGAUUGACCUAGUGAAGAUACACAGCAGCUGUCCUGUAGACUGUUUUUCUAUUGCAGUUUUGCAUGUUUGUUGAAAUACCAGCAAAGACUUUUUUCCCCUCCAACUUAAAUAAUUUCAGGGUAUAUAUAUUAAGUAUCAAAUGUGCAAGUAUGUUGAUGUUUAGUUUUAUAAAAUGCUAAGUGCACUAUUUCGGGAUCAAUUCAGGCUUCAGUAUUUUCCACUUAUGUCACUUGGAGUGUGAAAACAGUAUGUGAGACUGCAGCACCUGACAACUGAAAUAUUUUGCAUAAGUCUACAAGUAGUAGAUGUGACAUAAAUAAUUAGAGUGCCAGACCAAAAUUGAAAUGUGAAAUUCCUCACUGUGACUUUAAACUUGUAGCUUUCUAGAGCAAGAAGAAUACUGUGCCUUAAACCAGUAAAUGAAUACACUCUAACUGUAGCCUGUGGACUUCUGUAGCCUUAUAUUUGAUUUUUGAAGUUGACCAAAAAUAUUAGUGUGGAUCAUACUGAAACUUGAUUUGGGACAAAUUAUUAAUUAUUAAAAAAUUAUUUUGACCCCCUUUUACUGCACUUACAGAAAUGAAGAUUUUAUGACAAGUACAGUAGAUUUGUGGUUUGGAAUCACACCAACCAAAGUCAGAAAGCCUUAGCUGACCUUAAUUUCUCAAAUCUUUCUAUUGUGACAAAAAGAAAAAUAAGGAAGGAAAACUAGUCUCAGAUGUCUGUCUCAACUUCCAAGUCUGUGUGUCAAAUUUUUAAAAAUUUUGUUCUUUAGUUUCUUCAAAAUAAAAAAAUCCUCUAAUUGUAGUUUAAGCAAAAUAUUGUGUUUAAACCAUUGAGUAUCAAUAUCUACACCACUGUGAGAAGAAAACUAGAUGGGGGUGGGGUUGGUUGGUUGUUUAAAGCUCCAGAAGUUUUGAAUAACAAGUUUCACUUUUUAGGAAAAAAUAUUCAUAUAUAAAACCCUGAAAGGUUUUGGGAGGGGAAGAAAAAAAAGGUUUAUACAUUCUAUUCUUCUCAAUUCAUUAAAGAAAACCAGAAAUAGUCAAGAUCUUAAAAUCUUGUUUUGAUAUAGUAGAAGGAUUUCUUAUGUAUGUUUCUUAAUAUGAAGAGCUCAGGAAAAGCCACCACUGGCUUUCCUUAUGCGUCUCUACAAGAUUCUUUGUAUGUUUUGAACAAACCCUCCCAAAUUCUGACUUUUCCCCCACCUUACUAUUAGUAUUAUGUAAUACUGAAUCUUGAAUAAAGAUGUUAUCUCAAAGCUUA